AUGGGCUUUCUGAGCACUAUCCUUGGGUUCUUCGGCUUCGGGACCGGAAUCUCGAUCGGGAUUGUCAUCGGAUAUUACCUGUUCAUAUAUUUUCAGCCCACCGAUGUCAAGGUACGUGCCAUUUGUGUCACAUCUUUUCAGCCUGCCUCUCCUUGAUUCGUGUGUCAUUUAUGCGAAGUGUUGGAAGUGAUGGAGGAAAUUAUUAUCAUUCUUCAAUGCUUCUGUCACCUGUAACCUUCAUGAUAUUCGAUCCCGAUUCGCUCUCUUAGCGUACUUUGAUCGAACAUUUAUGGUUAAAGCUUGCAGUGCUGUGGCCGAGGUUAUUUGACAAAAUAUAGUUUGUAAUACCACGUCUUAUUCCAUUUUCACCAAUUUUACUGGUGGAGGCAAGUCUUUUCGUUGUUGUUAAAGAAUUAUCCAGGUCAACAAUAAUUCUCCCUCUUGCACCUGUUGGUGACGUUUUUUCUUCCUCCUCCCGUUUAGUGCAAUGGACUGCGUUAUUCUUUGUUUAUGCCACGUCCAAUUGUUUGCAUGACUUGCCAUAUUCUUUACUUUUAUUCUUUGUGUCUUUCAGCAUUGUGUCAGGGUAGUAGAGCUUCUGAUUCCUCGUAUUUCCUCUGUCAUGUGAGAAAUUCAUUUUUAGGAGAAGUAUGCUUCCAACCUUUGAAUUUCCAGAAAAGGGAAUUCAUUCCCACCAAGAACAGGCGUAAGAAAGAGAAUAAUUUGAUUUUCCACUACAAUGGAAAUUUUAUCGUUUGGUCUCGCCAGUUGGUCAAUCCGUGCCAGAACUUCACCUCUGGAGGUUUCAGACUUGGGUUCUAGAAGGAAAGGAUGGAACUUAUAUUUUCUUGCUUUCUUGAAAACAUAGCGCACCUUCCAUGAGUUGAUCAGUGGAGGAAAAGUAUCUCCCUCGUUUCUUUUGACUCAAGACUUCAUUAGGAAGACGACCGUUUCUUUUGGGUUUAGUGGAAAAAGUAGAUGAUCAAUAUGGUAAUCGUUCAGAAUAAUUGUUUUGAUCAGAGUUGGGAACAUUUUUGUCUCUUAGUCCUAUAAGUCUCCUGUUCACUGUUUAUUUUCUUACCAUUCUGUUAACUUUUGUAUUAUGAAGUUAGCUCUUUUGGUUCAAAAAUUAGACUUUUGUGUGCUGAUAGUAACAAACAGCAUUUUAUGUUUGUGAGUAUUCAUUCUCUCAUGAUGUGGACGCCCAAACAGGGCUAGUAUUUUCUAUUUUAUUUCAUAUAGAAAAAUGCUUCAAUAACCACCAGAUGACUCGUACUUAUCAGGAUUUCUAUUUAUCCAGUGAAUACAAUUUCGUUUGGCUGUUCAUAAAACUUCUAGGGAAAACAAAUGCGGAUCGUGAAAAUUUGCCACCUUCUAUUUGACAAGUUGCCAAAAUAGACUUUUAGUCCGUUCUAUUCAACAGCAUGCACAGCGAUCUUGUGUUAAUAAUAGUUCAUUUCCUCUGGAGAUUGCAAGGGGAAUGAAUUAGCUUCGAUCUUAUCAUGAUACCGUGAUGUGGUAUGUUGGGAAUGGAAAACGUGCUGUACCUCUUUGUUGCAAAAACAAAGUUCUUUUAUUGUGUUGCUGGUAAAAGGUGAUCCAGAAUAAAAUAUCUACCAUUUGGUUUUAAAAUGUCUUUUGUAACAGAUUUUUUUUUAACCCAAGAGUCGAAAUUGGGUUCUGUUUAUCUAUUUCAUUGAUUGUAAUAUUUUUUGGCUAUUGAACCAUCCAAACGUAAUUCACUUUCAUAACGGGGUUGACUUGGUUUUAAGGAUAUAUUUUUCUUAGCAUCCGUUGUAGCUCAUUGAACUUGUGUUUUUCUGGGCGUGAAAAUCCUGUUCGCUCUUCCUUUACAACGUCAUAUUGUUCUGUAGAACCAAUAAAUGUGCAGUUUUAUAUUUGAACGCGAUUAUCCAUGCACUUUGACUUUUAUCAAUGUUUCCUUGAUCAGGAUCCAGUAGUACGACCUCUUGUUGAGCAAGACACAAAAACCUUGCAGCGUAUGCUUCCUGAAAUUCCAUUGUGGAUAAAAAACCCUGAUUUCGACCGAGUAUGUAUCUCUGGUAGCUUGAUUAUUUGGAGACUAUUUAAUGGAAUCUAAUCAAUUAAUUUGUUUUUUCUAAACUUAAUUCUCUAACUAUUGAUUUUUAACCCCUGAAGAUCGACUGGCUGAAUAAGCUUUUGGAAACCAUGUGGCCAUAUUUAGACAAGGUUAGAAUAUUUUGUCCUUGCUUAACUUUUUAAGGUUUAUGAUGCUGCCAUGUUUUUUAACCAAAAACUUGCUUGUGUAUGUGUUAAUAGGCGAUUUCCAAGACUGCUAAGGAGAUUGCAAAACCAAUAAUUGCUGAGAAUACCGCAAAGUUCAAAAUUGACUCAGUUGAAUUUGAAACUCUCACAUUGGGCACAUUACCUCCUACUUUUCAUGGUCUGUUUUCUAUGAUAAAUUUUUGAAGUCUUUGUGCAUCUAUGUGACUGUGGUAUUAUUUAUGUGUCAUGUGGUUGCCAGCUUUGAUAACCGUGAAACCAGAUGACAUUCUUUAUUUCUUGCCUUUUUAUGCAUAGUUAUUCUUAAAAUUCUAUGAUACAUUGUUUUAACUUGUAUAAGAAUUUCAAAUAAUUAAGUGAGUAAGCUGCUUUGAAAGACUUCCUAGUCAGAGUCCUCAUUGUGUUUAUCGAUUUGGGACUUGUUCAGAGGCCCAGUCGGUGAAUAAAUGUUUUAGGUUCACAGUCUCAAGGAUGCAUGUCUUUGCAUCUGUGUUUUGGAUUUUGCAUGGGUUCAAAUAUCUAAAUUAUCUAAGAUUCUUGAUCGUCCAUGGGUGAAGGUUGAUGAUUUGAGCUGUGCCUGAGAGGCAUUAAUAGGGAUAUUUUUGUAUACAUAAAAUUGGUGUAUAAAUUUAUUCUCAGACUUGUCUAUGUAUUCAUCUAGUUCCUGUUACAUGACCAGUGUGCAGAUAGAUUAGUGUUUAUUUCUUGUAGUUUUAUUGUUAUUCUGCCUUCGAAAAGUUUUUUAUUCAUUAGUUUUGUGUGGUCUUUUCUGAUCUUUGAUCAAUUAUAGUUGAGUGGGAAUUUCGUAAGUGAUUGCCACGUCAACUUCUCAAAAUUAAUGAGAGUCUGCUGCUAGGUUGGUGUGCGGGAAGACAUUGCAUUUCAGUGAUAAUAGGUUUUCAAUGUGUGCAAGGCAGGUAGAUGCACGUCCAUUUUCAGUCUACAGAAAUUAUUAUGAGUGACGUAAAUCUGUCUGAGGGACGGUCCAAAUUUUAAAACUAAUUUAUAAUGACCUUCACAAGGAAGGAACAUUUGAAAUGUCUUGUCAGCCUAAGUUACGUUGAAAUCUAUGAUUUUGAAUGGACCUUAUCCUUAUUUUUUAAUUUAUGACGGGACCUUCAAUUAGCAAAAGUCAUAUCUGGCUUCUGAUACGUUUUCUAUAGCGAACAAGGACAGAAAUUAAAAUAAAUAAUGGAUGGAAAAGCCAACCUUUAAAUGACAUCCUUAUAGUCUCUAUUUCGUUGAAAGUAAACUAUCUUGUUUCUUCAUCUUCCUUAUUUCCAUACUCUAGCGAACAUAGUGAUGAAGUAGAGGUAACCAGUUUUUUUUUUUUCUCCAUUGUAGAAGAGGCAGAACUAAGCUUAUGUAAAUUGAUGUUGACAUGAUGGUUAGACAGUGAGAAUCAACCUGAAAGAAGGGAGAAGAGAUAAAGAUCAAGUCCUAGCAGCAGGGACUAAAGUGGGUGAUUGUUGUUGAUUAGCAUUUCAUGAUUUUUUUUAAUGUUUGGGUACUGGAACUUAAAAUUAAGAAUUUUUUCGGUCAAUUUCCUUUUUUUUUUCCAUUGUCUUAUGAUAAAACGUCUUUUGGGGUCGUAUGAGAUUCAGUACUGGUCCAUUUCUGGAUGAAAUUCGCAUUUAGUCUUUUAACUUAAGUUUAAGCAUAGCUCUAAUCGUAGCUUUAUUUGGUUUUCCCUCAUCUCCUUGGGUUUCUGAUUACUCUAUAAAUAAUAGUGUAAUGUUGGUAUCCGUUAUGAGAACUACCUCAAGAUAAUAAAGUUUUAUAUCUACUGUGAACCAUACCCGGGCCAUCUGUUUUGACUGAUAUUUCGCAACCUCGUAGCCACUACGAUGUGUGGAUGAACUGUUCUUCGUAUUUCAUGGUUCACUUUGACGACCUUGCUUAUGCUCUGAAUGCGAAGGUAAUGUGUUACUCAUGCAGAUGAUUGCAUCGGUUGCCUCUCUAAUACAUGUUUCAAAGGAUUCUGCUCUACUUCUUUUCAUGAAUCUAUUUGGGAUUCGACUUUUCUGUACAGUCCAAUUUGAACUCAUUUUCGUCCAAUUCUGCAUUAGUAAUCUUUAUUUUAGGAGUUCAUUUAACGAUUUUUUUUUUAUUAGAAUCAUAUGCUUAUUUCAUUAUAUGAGUCUACGUCUAAAACCACGAUGCCUUUCUUAGGCAUGAAGGUUUAUACUACUGACGAGAAAGAGCUAAUUAUGGAGCCAUCGUUCAAAUGGGCUGGUAAUCCAAAUAUUACUGUUGUUGUCAAAGCAUAUGGCCUCAAAGCAACUGUGCAGGUUAUCAACUCAUUGCAUGCUUCAUUCGAUUCUUUCCUGAUGUUGAUGACCAUUGAGUCUCUGUAAAUAGCUGUGGACUUUUCCUUUCUUGCGAAAGUUCAGCUGGUGGAUUUGCAAGUGUUUGCCAUACCACGGAUCACAUUAAAGCCGUUAGUCCCGAGUUUUCCAUGUUUUGCAAACAUUAUCGUCUCACUAAUGGAAAAGGUGCGGGGAAAUGAUCAUAUUGUGCCUUUGCCGGUUCAGUUUUAGUUUUUAUGAGAAGAUGUCAUGUCAUUGCUUACCUCUUUUCUCUUCCCUGCAGCCACACGUUGACUUUGGGCUAAAACUUCUUGGAGCUGAUGUUAUGGCAAUUCCUGGUUUAUACCGAGUAGUUCAGGUAUGGCGCUCAUGUUUGUACUCGUUGUGUCAUCUUGCUGCGUUUUCUGGCCUCAGUUAUUGUUCUAACUAGGGGAUGGAUUCUUCUGUUUUCCCGUUGGGAUACUGAUGAAAACCCAGGGCCAAAAAUGGUAAUUUUGAAUUAUUACCUUCAUACAGAAAGGGUCGGAUUCUUUCCCUUACUAAAUUCACACAUAUUUUGAAGAAAACCCUGGGCCAACAAUGGUAAUUUAGUUGGCAAUGGAGGGUCAUCUUUUUUUUUUUCGAUGCGAUGGUCAAUGCAUUAGCAUGGGUAAAGCACCCGAGUCCAGGCAAGUCAGUAGUUUACAAGAUCGUUGUAUCAGAUCACCGGAUCACCUAUACUCACUCUGUUGCUCCCUCUCGUGGAUGAGCUUCUCCAAUAACUCUAACUUGUUCAUAGAAGCGACCCCUAACUGUCAUAGUACCUCCCGCAGUUUUCUGAUUGCAUUCUGUCUGAAAUGGUUAGCAGAGCCUAAUCCUCUUACCCUUUUUUAUUUAUUUUUCUUGUUAAAUUCUCUUUUUUCUAAUUAUUUUAUGUGCAUUUUUAUUUUGUAUAUUUUAAUUUGUGAUGUUUAUUUUCACCUGUGAUAUUAUUUUUUUAUUAGUCUUUAUUGUCUUUCAGGCUCAAUUCCCAUUUACUUGAAUCAAUCGCAUGAUUAUUUUUCUGGUGUUUACCCAAUUACUUGUGGCUAUGAUCAAUCAAGAGAAAUCAUAGAAAAUUAUGUUUUUUCCCUGAAAAUCUGUUAAUUCAUUAAUUUAUCUGCAGGAGAUCAUCAAGGAUCAAGUAGCAAACAUGUACCUCUGGCCCAAGACGCUGGAAGUCCCUAUCAUGGAUCCAUCCAAGUAGUACCAAUCUCUUCUUCUCUCAUCGUAAUUUCUGUAGAGAGAGAGAGAGAGGAGAGAGAGAGAGGGAGAAACCCCAGGUUUCUCCAUCCUAAUUCCUUCGCGCCGAAUAUCACAGAGCAAUGAAGAGACCCGUCGGGAUUCUGCACGUGAAGGUCGUCAGAGCCCUCAAACUGAAGAAGAAAGAUUUGUUGGGCAAAUCCGACCCCUACGUCAAGCUGAAGCUCACCGAAGAGAAGCUCCCCGCGAAGAAGACCACCGUCAAGCACAGCAACCUCAAUCCCGAGUGGAACGAGGAGUUCAACCUCGUCGUCAAGGACCCCUCAACCCAGACUCUCGAGCUGAUCGUCUACGACUGGGAACAGGCACGCCACCCUCUCUCUUUCUCUCUCUCUCUCAUACGAUAAUAUAAUUAGUCAAAGCCCCUGGAUGCCAUUUUUCUUAGGUGGGAAAGCAUGAAAAGAUGGGCGUGAACGUCGUCCCCCUGAAGGACCUCACCCCCGACGAGCCCAAGACGUUGACCCUGGAGCUCCUGAAGAACAUGGAUCCCAACGACCCGCAGAACGAGAAGGCCCGCGGCCAGGUCAUCGUGGAGGUGACGUACAAGCCCUUCAAGGAGGAAGAGCUGGAGAACGUCUCCGAGAAUCAGGACGUUAACGUCGUGGAGAAGGCCCCCGAGGGCACUCCCUCCACCGGCGGCCUCCUCGUGGUGAUCGUCCACGAAGCCCAGGACCUCGAGGGCAAACACCACACCAACCCCUUCGUCCGCCUCCUCUUCAGGGGGGAGGAGAAGAAGACCAAGGUGACGGAUUCUUCUAGUUGACUUUUCUCCCCCUCAUUUAUUGGGCUUUCUUGAUUGACCGAUCCACCUGAAAUGUGGACGCAGCACGUUAAGAAGAACAGGGAUCCGAGGUGGGAGGAGGAGUUCACAUUCAUGUGCGAGGAGCCGCCCGUGAAUGACAGAAUCCACGUGGAAGUGGUCAGCCGGCCCCCGAGCAUCGGCAUACACUCCAAGGUAAGAACAGGCAUCGGCUUCUUCUUCUUCCUUCUCCUUCUUCUUCUUCUUGUCGCAAAACUCCGAGGGUGGAUGCGUUUUUAAGUCAACUGGUGCGACUUUGUUUCCUUCUUCUUUGUUUCUUUCUCGGUCAACCAGGAAACGCUCGGGUACAUCGACGUCAACGUGGGGGACGUGGUCAACAACCGGCGGAUCAACGAGAGGUACCAUCUGAUCGACUCCCGGAACGGCCGCCUCCAGAUCGAGCUCCAAUGGAGGACGUCGUAG